AUGGCGCCGGAGGAAUCAAAAUACAAGGCCCAAUUCAUCGAAACGGCACUGGAUUGCUCAUCGGCCGAACACGCGCUCUCCUACCCGCACCCCAAACAGCGAUGGCUCAUUAGAAAGCACCUCCGCUCUCUCCUCGCCGAUUACCCUUCUUUCUCCCCUUCCACCGACUCCUUCACACACGACGACGGCACCACCGUCCGCCUCCUCAGAGCCGUCGGCGACCUUCGUUUUCCCGUCGGCGCCGUCCCUCUCGCCAUCUGGCUCCCGGAGAAUUACCCUUACGCCCCUCCUCUGGUCUUCGUCUCCGUAAAUCCGACCUCCCCCCGGAUUCAUCGGGCCCACCCUUUCGUUGACCCGUCCUCCGGCCUCACCGCCGCUGCGUAUCUCCACAAUUGGGCUUUCCCUGGCUGCAACCUCACGGGCCUGGUCCGCAGCCUGGCCCACAUCUUCGCGCUCGAUCAUCCUUUCGCGGAUUGCAACUUCUCUGUUGCAGGUCAAAUCAAAGCCUUGCAGCCUGAUAUGGCGUCGAGGAACGAGGCUAUGGACCGCCUGGCCGGCAUGCUUCACUACGACUUAGCAGCACUUACCGCGGAAACAGAGACGGAAACAGAGAGCCUCCAAAUUAAGCGGGAAGAAUUGCGUGAUCGGGAAGACAUCAUCGCGAGCUUGGUCAUCGGAUUAGAGCACGAAUGUCGAAGCCUGACUGAUAAUGUGACCGAACUGAAGAAACAAGCCGAGGAGUUGGAAGGUUGGUUGAUGAGAUUGAGAGCAAGCGGUUCGCCGGGGACGUGUAACGAUGACGGCGGUGGGUUUGAGGCGGCGGAUGAAGAAUCAGAGAUGGUGAUCCAGAAUUUGGCGGCGGAUCGGGCAGUGGAGGAUGUUGUUUGUGAGCUAGGGAAGGCGAUAGAAGAGGAGGGAGAGCCGGUGAGCGUUGGUGCGUAUAUGAGACAGGUCAGGGCGUUGUCUAGAGAGCAGUUUUGGCACAGAGACGCUGUUCUGAGAUUGAGAGGUCCUGCGAUGCUGGAUUAUUAA